AUGUCCGACUCAACAGAACCUCCCGUCGUCGCCGUCAUGACCAACGGCACCCUCAACACCAACGGCGUCAAUGGCGAUCACCCGCCGCGCCCUCGCACGCCGCAGCCUAACGGCAUGUCCCUGACCGAAUACAGCGCCAACCCGUCCACACCCCCAGAGGAGAAGCGCAACCGCAUCAAGAAUGUCGUCCCGGAAGACUACCUGCUCCCCGAUGGCAACCCAGACUACCUCCGACUCAUCGCCGCCGCGACGUCCCGCGUAUACGAGGCCUGCAAGGUCACACCGCUCCAGCCCGCCGUCAACCUCUCCAACCGCCUCGAGUGCAACGUCCUCCUCAAGCGCGAGGACCAGCAGCCCGUCUUCAGCUUCAAGCUGCGCGGCGCCUACAACAAGAUGGCCCACCUCGACCCCGCCGUCAGCUGGAAGGGCGUCGUCUGCUGCUCCGCCGGCAACCACGCCCAGGGCGUCGCCUACUCGGCCCGCAAGCUCAAGAUCCCCGCGACCAUCGUCAUGCCCGAGGCCACCCCCAGCAUCAAGCACCUCAACGUCGCGAGGCUCGGCGGCCACGUCGUCCUCCACGGCGCAGACUUCGACGCCGCCAAGGAGGAGUGCGCCCGCCGCGAGGCCCAGGACGGCCUCAUCAACAUUCCCCCCUUCGACGACCCCUACGUCAUCGCCGGCCAGGGCACCAUCGGCAUGGAGCUCUUCGGCCAGAUCAACAUGUCCAAGCUGGACGCCAUCUUCUGCUGCGUCGGCGGCGGCGGCCUGAUCUCCGGCAUCGGCGUCUACGUCAAGCGCAUGGCGCCGCACGUCAAGAUCAUCGGCGUCGAGACCUACGACGCCAACGCCCUCGUCCAGUCCCUGGCCAAGGGCGAGCGCGUCGUGCUCAAGGACGUCGGCCUGUUUGCCGACGGCGCGGCCGUCAAGACCGUCGGCGAGGAGACCUUCCGCCUCUGCAAGGACGUCGUCGACGAGGUCGUCCAGGUCACCACCGACGAGGUCUGCGCCGCCAUCAAGGACAUGUACGACGACACGCGCGCGGGUCUCGAGCCCGCCGGCGCGCUCUCCAUCGCCGGUCUGAAGAAGUACGUCGCGCAGAACCCGAGCGAUCGCAAGAGGAGCAUGGUUGCCGUCACGUCCGGCGCCAACAUGAACUUCGACCGUCUGCGUUUCGUCGCCGAGCGCGCGACGCUGGGUGAGGGUAAGGAGGCCCUGCUGGCGGUCAGCAUCCCGGAGAGGCCCGGCGCGUUCGCCAACCUGAUCAACACCAUCCUGCCGCACUCCGUCACCGAGUUCUCCUACCGCUACGCCACGGACGAGGUCGCCAACGUGCUUAUCGGUAUCUCCCUGACGGCGCCCGCGUCGCAGAGGACCCAGGAGUUGCAGACUCUCCUGGAGCGCCUCCGGGCCGACGACAUGGCCGUCACCGAUCUGUCGGGCGACGAGCUCGCCAAGAGCCACAUCCGGUACCUCGUGGGCGGACGCUCAAACGUGGCCAACGAGCGCCUCUACAUGUUCAACUUCCCCGAGCGGCCCGGCGCCCUCGAGAAGUUCCUCCGCACGCUGAGGCCCAAGUUCAACAUCAGCCUGUUCAACUACAGAAACUACGGCGGCGACGUGGCCAAGGUCCUCGCUGGCAUCGUCUGUCCCGAGAACGAGGUCGAGGACCUCGAGACGUUCUUGACCGAGAUUGGAUACCCGUGGGAGGACUGCAGACACGAUAAGCGCACGGACAUUCUACCACGUGACGCGGCCAAGAGCCGCGAAAAUGCUCCCACCCGGAUGAAGCCAUCAAGGCCCAUCACCAUCGUCGCCGACAGCAAGACCCGAUUCUCGCACCCCUACCCACGGCCGUCCCCCCGAACGAUCGACCUCCGUCAACCCGUGACCCCCAAUCUCCGAUCGAUCGGCACCCGAGACGAACACCCCAAGCCGAACACCACAAUGGCUUCCCUCGCCGCCUCCUUCAGGGCCCUGUCCCUCACGACCGCCCGCGCGACCGCCGUCGCCCGCCCCCCAUGCUGCGCCCACAAGGUCGCGGCGCGCGCCAUGUCGACGGCGAUCAUGACGAGGCAGCCGAUGAUCAAGACCGAGGCGCUCUUUGCGGGGAAGAAGGCCGCUGCCGUGGGGAACGCGAUCGUGCAGCAGACGAGGGGGAUGAAGGUGCACAGCUCCGUCAAGAAGAGGUGUGAGCACUGCAAGAUCGUCCGUCGCAAGGCCGGCAAGAGACACAAUGGAUACCUCUACGUGAUCUGCAAGGCGAACCCCAGGCACAAGCAGCGCCAGUCUUAA